AUGGAGAUGAUGCGGGCCCGUGGCCUCGAGUCUGAAGGCCAUGUCGCUCCUGUGGCUCAGCCCGAGCACGACCCAUCGCUGUCCAUCGCCGGCUACACCAACAACGACAACCCGUUCCACGACCCGCAGCUGACAAAGAAGUUUGUAUGGAAGUCCAAAGAGCGGGCGGCUGCCAGGAAGCGGUCGACGGGUGCUCCUCCGGCGUCGGAUCCGUUCCACACCUCACAUUCCUCGUCGCAUGCAUCGCGCCCUGCAGCGCCGCAGCCUCGCAACGAGCACCGUGGCCAUGACGACGACGAUCUCGAGCGCCGCGCCCAGCAGGUGCAGGAAGAGCUGGAGGCGAUCAAGCGCCGGCGCGCUGAGCGUGAGGCCGAGCUCGCUGCCAUGGAGGAUGAGAAGCUCGCCCGGCUGGUCGAGCAGGAGGCCGAGGCUCACGGCGGCUUUGCCGCCCAGGAAGAAAAGUUCUCGCGCGAGACCGUCCUCCAGCGCUCGUCCAUCCGCAUCCGCGAGGGCCGCACCCGUGCCAUCGACAUGAUGGCCCUUCUCCUCGACCUCCAUGCAGCCGACAAGGUCUUUGAGCGCGCUGCCGCCACCGAGGCUUCUGUCUCCAAGGCUGCCAAGGCCGCCGCCGCCGAGCUCGCUCUCACCACCGGUGACGACGACGCCGAGUCUGAUGCUGCUGUGCAGGAGGCCAAAGACACCCUCCGCGCUAAGCUCGCAACCCUCCCGCUCUGCAUUUACCACAUCCCCGACCCGGUCGCAUACCUGCAGGGCCUCUCGCUCACGAGGCUGGAGGGCCUUGUCGCGGAUGCCCGCGCCAACCGCGACGCUGACCCGGAGCGCGAGCUCUGGCACCUCAUCAUUCAACUCGGCGCCCAUAUGAUCUCUAUCUUUGAGCGCCACAUCUUUGCCUCGCUCGCCGACUCGGACACCGCCAUGGCCCCGCCGUCUGCCGGCGCCCCGCACCCGCCGUCACGCGACCCGCUCACCCUCUCGCUCGCCGACUGCGAAGCCGUCCACGCUUCGGUCUCUGCCGACGUUGCCGCCCUUCUCGCCGGCAAGAGCCAUGCCGAGCUGCUCGAGCUCGAGGCCCAGGUCCGUGCUCAGCUCGACGACCCGGCCGCGGCCGCCGUCAUCGACACCGAGUUCUUCUCCUCGGUCCUGGACGCUCUUGAAGUUUCCAAGGCCCAUGCCUCACUCCGGUCCAUGCACGCUGCUGCCCUCGUCCGCCAGGGCAAGCACCUCGCUGCGCUCCUCGGCACCGUCCCGCCCCGCGGCACGCCGCCGACACACGCAGACAUCGACGGUAUGCGCCAGGCUGCUUUCCUCGCCCACGUCGGCAUCGACACCGUCGGCGACUCCCCACUCACUAUCGCCCUCAUCCGCCACACCAACCACAUCCUUCACCCCAUGUCCGCUCACCCGUUCGCCCUCGCGGUCCAAGCAGUCGACGACGCCGAAUCGGUGGCGUCGGCACUCGGCGCCGAGCUCGAGGACGAGCUCGACGGCAUGCGCGAGGAGAUGAUCAACGACGCCCGCGCUGUUCUCGGCGAACGUUCCGCCAUGUGGGACGACAAGACAAAGCCGCGCAAGCCGCUGUACUUUGCCCGUGUCAUCUCCGGCUACCGCUGGACCUCGUGGGCCCGCGCCCACUUUGACAAGGACAACCCGCCGCCGCGGCAGGUCCAGGGCCUCAAGCUCGCCGUCCUCCUCCCAGACCUGCUUGACAAGACCGCCACCCCGACGUUCAAGGUCAUUCCGAACGGUGACGAGACCGCCACUCUUCUCAUCUCACCGGGCCCGCCCUACCUCGACCUCGCCUUCUCGACCCUCGACAAGUCGUGGGACCGUCGCCCGCGCGCCGGCUACCGCUGCACCUUUGAGCGCGGCGUCUUUAAGCUCAACUUUCGCUACAAGCGCCAGAUCUACCGCAAGUAG